CCCGCCCGCUACCUUGUCCGCCGGCCCCCCUCUCCCGGCAUGCCGCGGGGCGGGGCGGCCCGGCCCGGCCCCCUGCUCGCCCUCAGCCGCGGCGGGCGGGCUCCGCCCCGGGCGGCACCGCGGGUACCUGCGCGGCGCGGGGCGGCCGCGGGGCAGAGCGCGCCGGCGGUGGCGGAGCGACCUGCGCACGCUUCUCCUGUCCGCGGCGGGGGCGGCCGGGCCAUGGUGCGUCGCGCCCGGCUGGCGCUGGUGGCGGCGGCGCUGGUGGCGCUGGGGGCGCCGCCGCCGCCAUGCGCGGCCGCCCGGGCGCUGGAGUGGUACACGGCGUGGGUGAGCACGGUCUACGUGGAGCCGCUCAGCAACCGCACGGUGCACGGCAGCACGGAGAGCGGCCGCUACGGGGACAGCUCGCCCAAGGAGAGCGCUCGGGGCCAUGUGGGCAUUCCCCGCGGCGCCUCGCCCCGCCACAUGGAGGGCUGCGCCGCCGACACCGACUACGACGUGCCCCUGCCUCCCGGCGGCCGCGGGUCCCCCGAGGGCGACCCACCGACCUGGAUCGCCCUGGUGGCCCGCGGCGGCUGCACCUUCAAGGACAAGGUCACCAACGCGGCGCGGAAGCGGGCGGCCGCUGUGGUCAUCUACAACGAGGCCCGCUUCGGCAACAGCACCGUCUCCAUGUCCCACCUGGGAACAGGAAAUACAGUGGUGAUAAUGGUUGGCUAUCCAAAAGGAAUAGAGAUAUUGGAGCCAGUACGAAGAGGGAUUCCAGUAACAAUGAGUAUUGUUGUUGGUACACGCCAUGUGCAAGAAUACAUUAGUGGUCAAUCAGUUGUGUUUGUAGCCAUUGCCUUCAUCACCAUGAUGAUUAUAUCGCUUGCUUGGCUCAUCUUUUACUAUAUACAGCGUUUCCUCUAUACGGGAUCACAGUUUGGAAACCAGGGACAUAGGAAAGAAACCAAGAGAGCCAUCAGCCAGCUUCAGCUGCAUACUGUGAAACGUGGAGAAAAGGGUUUAGAUGUUGAUGUGGAAAACUGUGCUGUGUGCAUUGAAAACUACAAACUGAAGGACACUGUCCGAAUUCUGCCAUGCAAGCACAUCUUCCAUAGAACAUGCAUCGAUCCUUGGCUUUUGGACCACCGAACUUGUCCAAUGUGUAAACUAGAUGUUAUCAAAGCUCUGGGAUAUUGGCACCAGAAAAGAGAGAUGAAGACACAUGCGGGGGACCCUGAGGAUGUACUUGAAGUUCCAAUACCUGAAUCCAUAAGUGGCAGCGUUUCAGUUGGAAGUCUGAGUAUUGCUUUGCAAGAUGAUGACAGAAACGAAGUAAGCGAAUUGUCAGCUUCCUCCACUAAUGAGUCUGUAUUGCAGUGUACCAGCUUAAAAGAGGAUGCAGGGGAAACCACAGCAUUGCUUGAUGUUGAUGCCAGUAAUAACCGUCAUGGAGAACAUCUAUCCAAUGGAAAUUCCCACUGAACUGCUUCAUGGAAGAUACCUUGAAUAGACUGUUGAAGAACUAUUAUUUUUUAUUUAAUUAGUAUGGACUUUUGUCUAGUUAAAACAGAAAAAAAAUAACAAUGUAAAUUAUUUUACCUUUCAGACUUUUCUAGCUGGUGUUCCAAAAGGGCUAAUAACUAAGAAUUUUGUACAUAGGAGGAUUUUAUAAAAUCUCCUCUGGAUGUCUCAUCCGAAAAAAAAAUGCAAUAACCCUUUUUCUGUAAGCAUUGUUGCAAUGUCAUUGUGUUCCAGAGGGCUGUAACAAAGCUGAAGACUAGGCAGUGAAAAUAAUGUAGACUGUGUAACGGUUAAAUAUUUUGGAUGCACUAUUUACAUUCAGUAUGUACACAUGGAGAACACUUACAAGCUAUAACUAUUAAAAUGUUCUGAAAGUCCUGAACUGUUGUAAUUGGAGAUGAAUAUUCUCAGAGAAGACAUUAACCUUGAAGGAAUCAAAUAAGUUAAUGGAUAUGUUGCAUAUCCUUUUCUUGUGAUGGAAAAAAUGCUGGUUGCAACAUGUAACAAGUACUUAUUCUAUCUUGUAAUGUGUUCUGCUCAGAGUGAAUGUUGAGAAAAGGAAACCUCCAUCUUGCUAGCUUUCUGUACUGAAUUUUGGCAGUAAUAGGUUGUGCUAGGUGGUCUUCACGUGCUGAGCAUGUAGACAUUUAGUAUAUGCACACUGGUUACCUCUUUCAAUCUUAAAACAGAGGUAAAGGGCUAAUUAUGGCUAAAAUAUAUUUACUAGUCUAUUUAUAAGAAGUUAUGUCAUUUCUGCUUGUUCCUGAUCCUAUCCUGACCCACUUUAUGUACAAAUUGAAACCAUUUCUUGAGAAGUACAAAGGUUGGGUUUGUUUAGCUUUUUCUUUUCCUUUGCAUAGAGAUGCUGGAAUUCUCUUGGAUAUUCCACAUUAGGAGUUUUGACUGGGUUUACCAUUAGCUUUUAUUCCUUUUUUUUAGAUUAGCAGUACUGUGCCUUAUAGUAAAACACUUAAGAAAUCUGAAGCAUCUGAGAGUAAAUAUAAACCCUGGCAUCUCCCAUUAUGACCUCUUAUUCAAAUAUUUAUAUACUGUAAGUGGUAUAAGGAAUUGCUAAACUGUUUUGUAAAGAAAUAUGUAUAUUUAAAACACUACUUAAGAGUGUUAAGUGAAUUGUUUAGGAUUUUAGCAUUGUCAUGUUAUAAAUAAUAUGCUACAUUCCUCAAUUUUCUUUUGUAAAGCUGUUGCUACAGAUUGCUUAAAACAGUGUCUUUCACUAGACAUUUGUUUUAGAGUGCAUUUUGUUUUUAAAAUGUAUAUUUGGAAUGUUUUUAAGAAAAUAUGCAAUUCUUUUUCUAACUUACAUUGAGCUUCAAUAGAAGCAAUAACUUUUUUUUUAAUUUUACAAUGAAUGUUCCAGAAAUGACAGAGGGGGAAAUAUAAUCUGAACUUCCAGUUUGCAGAGCAGAUGUUUCACCCUAAAUUUCCUUCAAAAAAAUUCCUGUUAAUACCUACUUUAGAAAAAUCUGCCUCUUCCCUGUAGGAGUAUAACUUUUAGGUUUACUGGAAAACUGUCAGGUUGUAGUUCUGAUGUCACCAGCAGGUGCAAGUUUUUGUGAUGCCUUUAUCUUACAAGAAGCACAUGAGAAUGGAAUAUGACUGACCAGCCAUCUCCAAAACUGAACAAAUAAUUAAACAACCCACAACUAAAGCAGACAAUGUGUAGGGACACCUACGUCUCCAAAAGAAGCUUAUCAACAUUUCCAGAACUGCCUUUUUAACUAUCUCUUCAAUAUUAAAAACUAAGUCUUCUCCCUCUUCUUUAACACAAAACUGAACAUUGAUGUUGUAAAUGUUGAGAGGGUUUAAAUUCUAGCUCAAGGAGGAACCAAAAGAGAAGUUAUCAAGAGAAGUGUUGUCAGUCUGUGGAUUGUGUCUUGCUGAUACCUACAGCACAGUAUUCAUUCUGGAGAGGAGAAUUGUGGUGUUAUGUGAAGAUUUGAGAAUUGGAAUUGAUUUAAAAGUGCACAAAUCAAGCUGAAGGCUUUUGGUUUUGUUCAGUAUGGAUCCUGAUCUCUCCUCAGAUAUCCUACUGUAUUGCAAAACUUGAUUUAAGAAAGUUUUUAAAAUAGAAUGCCUUUAUAAUUGCAUGUAUUUGUGUGAAGAGUGCAUUGCCUGAGACUGUCCAUUAUACUUCCAUUGGACCUGAAGCUCCUUUUCAUCAUCUGAAACAUGGUAAUGUUACUGCAUUUUUAAAUGAGCAUAACCUUAAUUCAGAAGAGCAGAGUAAGUUUCCAUCAUUUUGUUAGUCUGAAGCUUAACUCCAAAACUUAGGAGCCACUUCUACUAUAAACAUAUACCUGCAGAGAACUAUUUGAAUUUGCUAGUCUGUCAAAAACUAUUCACAACAAUCUUGUAACCUUGAACUAAUUCGGUUGCAUUGUUUGGAUUAAGCACUUGUCUUUUCCAUUGUGUAUGUACAGUUGUAAGAAUGUCAAGUUAUGCAUUGUUGUUGUAACUUAAUGGCUAAAAGCUCAAAUUCCAUAAUAAAUUAUACAGACCUUUUAAAAAGAAA